AUGUCUACUCAAAACAGUGUUUCUCUCCUGAAACCCACAAGUCACGACCAGAUUGACGCUCACAGCAACGGCGAGCAGGAGGUGGUGUACCGAAGACUACUCGCCGAGGCUACCACUAGUGAAAAAUACGCCAGUGGACGCACCAAGAGGCCUUGGAUUUUCGAGGUUGUUCAAGGUUUUUUCCUUCAGGACGAUGAGGGAACUGAUGAUUUGACAUUUGAGUAUGUGAACCAGGAUUUUGGCCUGAAACUCAGUUCUUGGACUGAGCUUCGUCAAAAGCUGGAAUCUUUAAAUUCGAAUGCCGCCAGUAAUGAGUCAUAUAAACUUUUGUUCCUCGCUAGACAUGGUCAAGGUUACCAUAAUUUUGCUGUUGAGAAAUACGGAACCGAGAAAUGGGAUCGCGAUCUGGCCCAUCUCUCUGGAGAUGGUGAGAUUGUUUGGGGACCUGAUCCCUUUUUGACUUCUUUGGGAGAGGCACAGGCUGAUGAGAAUCACGAUGUCUGGCUCCAGCAGAUCGCCAAGGGAGCGCCCAUUCCCACUGCUUUUUAUUCCUCUCCAUUCACAAGGUCAAUGCACACUUUGAUUCGCACUUGGAAGGACAUUGUGAUUUGCGAAAAUGGACAGGAUGAGUCCAAACUAUUGGCACCAAGAGCACAUCCAUUGGUUGUGGAGGACGUCAGGGAAACCAUUGGUCUUCACCUCUGUGAUAAGCGCUCCACCAAGUCGACGAUUAUCGAGAGAGUCAGCAAGUACGGGUUGGUGAUUGAGGAUGGUUUCGAGGAAGAAGAUGUCCUCUAUAAAGAGGAUUGGAGAGAGUCGUUAUCUGAACAGGCUCUUAGAAUCAACAAGUUCUUGCAGUUUCUGUUUGAGAAGGACUUUGUCGACAACAAGAUCACCAGAGACGGUGAUUUGGUUGUCAAUGUCACAUCACAUGCUGGCACUAUCAGAUCCUUCAUCACUGCUCUGGGUCACAGACAUUUCACCAUUAGCACGGGAGGGAUGAUUCCGGUGGUGGUCAAGGCGAUCAGGCAAUUGUGA